AUGGCUUUAGUAGGAGUUAGAGCUUCAUACCACAGGAUUCUUUACCAGAUAGAGCUUCUACUACCUGCUAAACUGAGACCCAUUUACAACCAUCCUGCAGGUCCAAAGACAGUUUUCUUCUGGGCACCAGUGUGUAAGUGGGGUCUGGUUUUUGCGGGUCUGGCUGAUAGGACCCGACCAGCUGAUAAACUGAGUCUCUCUCAGUCUGGAGUACUCAUGACUACAGGUGUUAUUUGGUCCAGAUGGUCCCUGGUCAUCAUUCCCAAGAAUUGGUUUCUGUUUUGUUGCAAGUGUUUUCUUGGUGCGUCAGGAGCCACCCAACUCUUUAGAAUCUGGAUGUACCAACAGGAAGUAAAGAAGCAACAAGAAGCAGAGGCUGCUGAACUUAAAGUAAAGCAGUUAGCAGAGGCCCAUCCAUUGUUGGAUUAUUUAGAACUAGCGACACUAACUAACUAGUGGAUCUGAUUAACUUGAUUAAAUGCAAUUUCAUCUUUGAGGACUUCAACCACCACAGAAUCUUCCAAGUCAAUAACACCCCUCCCUCUGCAAAGCACAAUUCAUGCUGUUAAUAAGUAUGAGGUGAUGAUGUGAGGAUGACAGCACGUCUGCGUGAGGAUGAUGGUAAAAGAUUAGUAAAAGGUAAGAUUAGGCAUGGAAACAUAAACAUUUACAAAUUCACACAACACUUUAAAGAUGGUGAAUGUUUGAGUCUGAUGAUGGUUAAUGUUGUCUUUUUCAACGGU